CCGAACAAAAAACAGAGCGUGUUAUGUUCUUUACCGUUCGCGCAGGUGAAUUGAUCAGAAAAAUCACUACCCCAUUGUGAAAAUUAUUGUGGAAAUCAGUUUGAGGAUCAUAAAUUGAAGAAAUAGAUGAGUAGUGGUGGAGGAGCUGCCAAACCCAAAGAAGAGGAACAAGAUGGCAUGUCUGUACACUCUCCCUGCAAGCCUCCUCCUUCCUCCGCUUCCUCUCUCUCCAAGGAGCAAACCCAGGUUGAAUUGGAGCUGAAAUUGUUGGAAGCUCUUGAAAUUUAUCCUCCAAUAAAACUACAAGGAAUACAUCGUCACUUUGUACUUUAUGGUCUGAUGGAAUUUAUGAGGAGGAGUUUUGACAGACACUUCUCAUCUGAGGAGGUCCUUCAAUUGCUGGAUCGAUUCUACAACUUAGAAAUGCUGUGGUUUAUCUUUCUCCCUCAGAAAACAGAUGAUGAAGAGAUCGAAUUGCUUAAUCAUGAAGAAGAUUUCUGCUUGCCUCCGAAUUACUUUAUCAAGGAGGAAUCCUGAGCAACAAUUUUUAGAGUACAUAUAUUUUCAUUUGAACCAUGUUUCACCUUUUGAUUUGUAAAGCUGGUUAUUCCAUUCUUCCAUUCCCCUCUCCCCACAUUUUGGGCUAGAUCAUGCUUUGGUAGUGGUUAUUAUCACGGAUAUUUUUUAAGUUGUGGUAGUUCUUAUCAAAGUCAUCAAAUACGGAUUGUGGCAUGUCGCGGCCAAUCUCGAAAAACUCUAUAGUGGGUUGCGGUUGUGAAAAUAUUAGAAUAGAUAUAUGACAGAAAUAAUGACAAAAAGAAACAUUUUUUAAAGGUAAAGAUAGCAGAAGUGACAGAGAGACACAGAUGGACUAAAAAACCCUUAAAAUUGUUCUGUUACACAUUUAAAUUUAAGACAAAAUUGACAUUUUUUCUUAUGAC